CCAAGCUGAGUUGCCGUAGUGCGUCACAUGUUGACUAGGACUGCCAGUUGAUGCAACCGAAAGCUUAAACAGUUUUAGAGAGUCAAAGGCCAACACGAACAAUUAUUAAGAAAAUGAUGCUGUUAUUAUCGGUACUCUGUAGUUUGCACUGACAUGUCUUAACAUCUCCGUUUAUUGUUGGAUAAAACACACGUGUUAAUGUUGUAUUUAUUCUGACAAGCUAAUGUAGCUAGCCUGUUUGCUAGCCAGGAAGAGUUGACAUCUCACUGUUGGCUUCAGGUUAGCUAACAGUCAACAUAGGAGCUAAUAUUAAGAGAUGCGGCUAAAGGACCCCUUCUCUUUGAAAGCCGCCGAUAUGACUAAGCGGACUAAUAAACCGAGGAAACCUCGAGAUGAGGAGUCAUCAGAUGAAGUCAGCGGGUUGACAUGCCAGCAUGUGAGUAAAGCAGUGGACCUGAGCUCAGUGAAGAAGUCGGUGCUCUCCAACGUGUGGGUGGUGUGCUCUGAGUGCCUUAAGGAGAGGACCAUGAUCGAUGAAGAGCCAGCAGCAUCCCAUGACAUCCUUGUGUGCUUAAAGUGUGGCUUCCAGGGCUGUAACCAGUCUGGGGUCCAGCACUCUGAAAAGCACCACCAAGCUUUCAAUCCGGAGUCUCACUGCAUCACCAUCAGCCUGAGCACGUGGAAGGCCUGGUGUUAUGAAUGUAAUGAGGAGCUCUCCACUCACUGCAACAAGAAGGCUUUGGCUCAGACGCUGGACUUUUUACAAAAGCACUCCGUCAAGGCUACAUCAGGAGCAUCACCCAAAAUCAUCAAGCUGCAAGAGGAUCCAUCAGAUUAUGCCGACUCGGCCAAAGGCAAGAGUCCUGCCACCAACAGCACCUUGGUCCCCGUCAAAGGCAUAAACAACCUUGGGAACACCUGCUUCUUCAACGCUGUCAUGCAGAACCUGUCUCAGACACACAUGCUAAUCGACCUCAUCCAGGAAGUGAAGGAGAAAGGCUUCAAACUGAGGAUCAGCCCCACUGGUGAAACCAAUGUGGGUCCGUUGACAGUAAUGCUGCCCAGCCCAGAGCCCCUGACGGCGGCCAUGUUUGUCUUCCUCCAGAGCAUGAAGGACCCAGGGAAAGGCCCGGUCAAUCCCAAGGUCCUCUUCAACCAGCUCUGCCAGAAGGCUCCGCGCUUCAAGGGCUACCAACAACAGGACAGCCAGGAGCUUCUGCACUACCUCCUGGACUCCAUACGAGUAGAGGAAACUAAAAGGGUGAAAGCCGCAAUUCUGAAAGCCUUCAACAAUCCCACAGAGAAGACAGCAGAUGAGGACACUAAACGCCAAGUUAAAGCGUACGGAAAGGAAGGCGUGAAGAUGAACUUCGUUGACCGCAUCUUUGUAGGGGAGCUGACAAACACGAUCAUGUGUGAAGAGUGCGAGCAUAUCUCCACAGUGAAGGAGGCUUUCAUAGACAUAUCUCUACCCAUCAUAGAGGAGAGGAUGUCAAAACCAUCCAACCCCAGUAGGCUAGGAAAGGUUGUCCGGGAGCAGGAGGCCCAGAUGACGCACAGUGACCAGAUUCAGUCUGCAGCGCACUCUGUCAACAGAAACACCAAGAAGCUGGGUGCACAGAAGCAGCAGAGCAGGAGGUCUUCAAGUUCUGUGGAAGAGAAGGGAGCAAGCUGCAGUUUGGAUCGGCCGGAGGAGGAGGGCAUAGCUGCUGGAUCCGCCCGCGGGAUCUCUGUUUGCAAGAUGGCCGCCGCCGGCAGCCUAUCAGACGGCAGUGAGAGAGACUCUGGUCCUCAGGACAGCAGCAAUGACGCUGACAGCGAGGCCUCAGAGAGCGAGUGGGCCCCGCGCAUCUCCUCCAGCCACAGCCACGGACACAUGACCACCCCGUCGUCCACCUCCACCCUCACUCCAUCCCCUACGCCCGCCUCCUCCACCUCCCCCUCGCCUUCAUCCACAACGAAGCAUGGCAGCGCUGUGGAGCAGCUAGUUACCGCCGUGUCCAAAGUCAACCUCGGCUUCACCUCCGGGGACUGCUCCCCCCCCACACACUGCUCUCCAGAGGAGGCCUCUAACCUCCACCAUCAGCACCACCAAGGGGCGUUCCAGGCGCUUUCCCAAAGUUACACACCCAGCUCCAAGGAGUGCUCCAUCCAGUCCUGCCUCCACCAGUUCACCUCCGUGGAGCUGCUGAUGGGCAACAACAAGCUGCUGUGUGAGAACUGCACCGAGCGCAGACACAAACAGCUGCGCAAGAGCAGCUCCGCCGACAAGAAGAUGGAGAAGAUUUACACCAGUGCUAGGAAGCAAAUACUCAUAUCCUCGCUGCCUCCUGUCAUCACAUUACAUCUGAAACGCUUCCAUCAGGCAGGAAUGAACUUACGAAAAGUGAACCGCCAUGUCGAUUUUCCCCUGAUCCUGGACCUGGCUCCAUUCUGCUCGGCCUCCUGCAAAAGCCUGGCAGCCGGUGAGCGUGUCCUCUACAGUUUGUACGGGAUUGUGGAACAUAGUGGAUCAAUGCGGGGGGGCCACUACACUGCUUAUGUAAAGGUGCGCGCUCCCCAGAGGAAAAUGGAAGCGCACUACAGGAACCUGUCAGGUGCGAGGGAUGCCGGCAGCAGCUUCCAGGGCCAGUGGGUGUACAUCAGCGAUACCACCGUUCAGACGGUACCAGAGUCAAGGGUACUCAACUCUCAGGCAUACUUGCUCUUCUACGAGGAACUCCUGUAAUGUAAACUCCCUAAAAAGUAUUUUUCCCUAGAUCUCCUUUUGUUUUUGGUACACGCCUGUAAAACUCCUCAUACUGUUUCUGUGAGAAGCUGGACGAAAGAAAAAGGGACUUUACACUUACUCGUCUUGGUUGAGGAACGACUGUCUCAAUUGAAAUCACACCUCUUAAUAUCUUACAUAUAUAAAAGAUAAACAUUAUGUUAAAGUGAUUAUUUUCUUAUUUUCAUUCAUGUUUCUUACCCUUUAAAGAAAGGUCAGAGAAAAAGAGUAUGACUGAGCCUGAGCUGUUCUAAGUGUAUCGUCUAUUUCUGUCACAAUCUCGUGCCGGAGAUACUCACUGCAAAAAGGAGGUUUUUUUACAUGUCACAAACAGGAAAUAAGCAGAAUGAUCGAAUGCCAAACUGCAUCAGCUUUGAGUAAUGGAUGGUAAGUGUGUGUGAUGAGUGAAUGAGUGAGUAAGAGACAGGAGAAUGUAGGUCUUAGGUGCUAUGUGUAUCAUUUCAUUAACCAUUACUAAGGUAAAUGAGAAUUAGCAUUAUAACUGGUGUAAUUGCCAAACAACCAUCAAGAAGAAGAUGGGCAUGUUUCAAAGAAUCAUCAUACAGAAACAAAUAUAUUUUAUUGCAUUGCUCAGAUUUAUCCCGAAUUUAUGUUAAAAUAACUUAGAUAUUCUCUGAGAUUCAUGUGGUGAAAUUACAACGAACAUACAUGAAUAUUCUCUGAGUGGUAAAAGUAUGACAAAAAUUCACAGUUUUCUUCCAAAUUAUAGCGGUUUUACAGUAUUUAUUUAUAUAUUUGAAUGAUUGGAAAUGUAUUUACAUUUAUACGUUUUGGCCCCCCCAAAAAAAACAAUUGAUCAUGAGUCUUACGUUGUGAAGGAAUCAGAAUGCAGGAAACAGCUGCAAAAUGUAAACCAUUUUAUUGUGCAAACUAUGCAUACCACAUAACAACUAACAACAAAAGCACUGUUUGGAAAUGUAAACAUAUCCCCCCUUCUCUGAAACUGCAGUGCACAUUUGAAAUCCUUAUCUUAUGAUUGACCUUCAAACUUAGGUUCAGAAUAACGGGGACUUGUUUCACUGCCGCACCGCUCGAGCGCCCUUCGCCACUUUUUCAAUGGUAUUGCGGUAUAUGAAAAUAUCAUAUGGUAUAAAGUUCACAGUAUUCGGUAUGAAACCUUAUAUAACCCAGCACUAGGUAAAAGCUCACAAAUGUACUAGAAAAUAACCUGAAUAUUUCUUUAGAUUAAAAUGUAAAAUUUAUGACUAAAUCCUAUUAUUUGAUUAAGUCAUCUUCUGACAGAGUUAAUGUGAAAUAAAUGCGAACAUAUAAGAAACUUAAACCUAAUAAUACAGCACCAAAACGGCUACUUAUCAUAUUAGCUGAUAAUGAUAACAAGAUUAUACAAGUUUACAUCAACAUAGUGGUUUAAAAUGUUACACAUAGCACCUUUCUAAGAACAGCACAAGUUAUUUUACAGCCUCAUUUUAAAGGAUUGUUAUUUUGUUUACAUCAGAAUGUAAAAAUGUAAGACUAUCAGUAGAUUACAUUUGCCAAAGACAAGUUUUGCGACGGAGUUGGAGCAGAAGAACCGAACACACGAGGACUUCACACGCUUUCUUUAACGUCAGUUAAUCCAAGGUCCUUGAGUGUUGCACAAAAAGAAAACAUACUCAAUGUUUGUCAGACCAGCCGAGCAACUUGUGUGCCUUCAUUGUACGGUACUUCUACUGUGUAGGCGCACUCACAAACCUAUUAGGAUCAACAAAGAAGCAGUGACUAUCCUUAAUACUUUAACAAAAAUAACCAUUCAAAAAAACACAAUCUUAAGACUUAUCUAUAAAAAAAAACAUUGUUGCUGUAAUGUGCAUGGGUAAAUGUUCUAAAUGAAUGUAUUCCUGAAAUGUCUGUCAAAUGAGCUGCUUAUCUUUUUCUAUGGAAUGAUAGGAAAUGGAAAGGGUUGUUCAUCAGUUUCCCAUUCUUUUAUUUUGAAAAACUAGAACUCAGUGCCUGUGCUUCAGGUUAAAGAAACUCAUGCAUGGUGAGAAGACGAACAUAUGUAUCGUGAAAUGCAAAGAGGGAUAUUUAUGUACAGUAUAACUGUAAGCAAAAACAAUAAGGAGGUAUAUGUAGUUGUUCAUACAAUACAGAAUCAUGGUGCUUUAGGCGUGCAGGGUUUUUCCUCGAGGCAAAGUUUUGUUUCCAUUCAAUUUCAAUUAUGAGACAUUUGGAAUGAGUAUAACGACAUACUGUAUCAAAAUAAAUCUAAUUUAUGAACUGGA